AUGGACGUCGUCACGUCUUUCUACAACGUGGAGAAGGGCCAAAACGUUGAGAAGCUCAAGCAAGUGACGGUGCCGGCGCUCAACCCCGUACCUGCGGACGUCGUGUCGCUUUUGGCAGCCAACACACUCACAUGGGACGUGUUGCCCAAGACGGCGAAGAAUGCUGUGCUUUGGUCGCUCGGGUAUGUUCGAUAUGGAAGCGAAGCAGAAUACACUCGUGUUUUUGCGGUGUGUCCGUCGGGAAGUAAAUCGUUCGUCACGAUGGACGAUAUCCAAGUGUCAGACAAAUCUGUAUCCUGCGACAAUGUGUACGAGUAUUGCGGGUACAGCAGAUGGAUCAACAAACCGUGUCAAGCAUUCUCGUCGUCGUUGCCCAAGUGCGCCAUCAACGCGUCGAUGGUCAACUCGCGUGUUGCAAGUUCCCAAACCAAAGUGUUUUGGGGCUUCACCGUCGACAACUUCCCCAACCCACCCAACCCAACACUUUUGAAGAAUGACCCAUCCAUCACAUCGAUUCCGUACUCUAUCCAUGUCAACCCAAUCGGUGAUUCCUGUGCCACGACGUCGUUCCUUGCAUCGACUGCUCCGUGCAUUUCACAAACGUCCGCAUUGUCUACAUGUGCCAUUGCUCCUUCCGCGAAGAUGCAGGCUUGGCUGAAAGAACUCAGCCAAGCUACCACGCUGCCUCCUACCCCGAUCACAACAGCCCCACCGUUUACUUUGGCUCCAGUGACCCAGGAGUCAAGCAACGCGAUGGUGAUCGGCAUCGCAGGUGGCGGCGGUGCCUUGGUGCUCGUAGUUCUUGCAAUCGUGUGUUUCUGCCGUCGAAAGGCUUCAAAAGGCGGAGAUUCUGCAACUGGCACGACCGUGUAUUCCAACAAAAGCUGCAACUCUCACGUGUCGAGCUCAAAGGGCAUGAACUUGAACGACAUGGAGCAGUCCAACGAGCGACUUUGUGAGUCCGCGCCUGUGCUCAAGUCUUUCCAAUUGGACCCUGCAAUCAGCUUCAAACGGUUAGACUACGUCUCUCUCGUCUUUGAGCGCCACCUCGCCAAGUCGUCGUCACCGCUCUACGACGUCUGGCUCGGUCGCGUGGAUGGCCAAAUUAUGGCCAUCAAGCAACUCGCUCCAACCUACCGAAGUAAGAAGGGCAUUGUACAUUUCGCCCAAUCUGUGCGGCUCAUGGUGAGUUUGGACCACCCGAACAUCACGACCGUCGUCGGCGUCGGGUGGGACAUGCUCGAGCAUCUCUGUCUCGUCACGGAGUUCAUGGAUUGCGGCAGCUUACGGGAGAACCUCGAUGCAAAGUUGAAGCAGCUCUCGAAUCGAAGCAGCUCCAACCACAAGGACGAGUGGGACUGGAAGCAAACCAAGCUUGAUAUUGCGAUGGACGUCGCGAAAGCGCUCGUGUAUUUGCACACGCUAGAAGUACCCCUCGUGCAUGCUGCCCUCACUUCAUCCAAUAUUCUCCUCAACUCGGACCUCCUGGCGAAAUUGAGUGCGUUCGCCGUGCAGCCAUUCCCAUUGCCAGCGUCAUUUGCUGAUGGCGAGUUUACCGUCUCGUCGAAGUGGGAAUGGAUUGCGCCUGAAGUUCUCUCGGGCCAGCCGACGACUCCCGCCUCCGACGUGUAUGCCUUUGGAGUGGUGCUCACCGAGCUUGAUACGCUGGCGUACCCAUAUGGGUCGACCACUCCCGAGUCUCAGCGAACGACACUGUCGUUGUCGAGCAAGUCGAGUGACAACGCUGUUGACCAUUCGCGACAGAGGAUGCAGAGCGUCGUGCACGACCAUUUGCGCCCAGCUCUGUCCCACUCAGCACCGCCAGCGCUCCGCGAUUUGGUCGAGCUGUGUUUACACCCGGAUCCGUCCCAGCGCCCCACGGCCAUGAUGUUGAUCUAUCAUUUACGCAGUAAAGUCAAAGUGUUUGAACUGUAG